AUGGUGGCCCCAGGGCCCUUCCUGUCGCUGCUCUUGGCUGUGCUGGCCUGCUGGGGGCCCGUGCGGCCCUCGCCCCCUCUGCUGCUCCGGCCUCGGGAGAGAGAGAGGGACUCGGGCGGGGUCAACAUCGCCGUGGUCCACUCCAGCUCCUCCCUGCUCCCAGAGACAGCAGCCGCGGGGGGGCCAGGGGCGGGGCCGGGGCCAGGGGCUGGACCAGGAGUGGGACCAGGGGCGGGGCCGGGGGCGGAGCCAGGAUCUGCAGGGUCUACAGGGGCCGCAGGGGGGAGGGGUGUGAUUGACAGCUCCUCUCUUGCCUCGUUGGUCUCGUUGCCGUCGUUAGCGGCGCUGGUUGGAGAGACCGUCAUGACACCGUCAGGACAAGCCAACGUCAUCUACCUGUCAGUCAACGAGAGCAGCCCGGGGGCCCUGCUGCUGCAGCUGUGUGAGCUGCUCAACACAACUCCACUACAGGGCCUGGUGUUUGAAGAGGAGCGUCCCCCGCCUCCAAACCGCGCUCCUCUGGCCCCAAUGCUGGAGUUUGUGUCGGCUCAGACCGGAAUCCCUGUGGUGGCCGUGGGGGGAGGGGCCAGCCUGGGACGGGAGUCACAGGAGAGUGGAUCCAUCUACCUCCAGUUCACCUGCUCCACGCUGCUGCAGCUGGAGGUGAUCUUCGAGGUCCUGGAGGAGUACGACUGGACGGCCUUCUCUGUGGUCACCACGCGUCACCAUGGUUACGAGGACUUCCUGGCUAUGGUUGAGGGGAUGACGGACGGCUCCUUCAUCGGCUGGGAGAAGAAGAGCGUGGUGGUCCUCAACGUCACGGACGACCCUGGAGGAGCAAGGACCAAACGCCUGCUGAAGGACAAUGAGGCUCAGAGACUCAGGGUCAGCUCUGUCUGUAAACACCUCAUUGUUUUUGUGAGCGCGAGGAUCGGGUCAAGUCUGCCUCAUCUCCUGAGCCUCACUCCAACAUUUAACGCUCACUGA